AUGGAUUUAGAUCCUAAUAUCACAGAAGCUACAGAGUCUCAGUGGAACCUUAUACACGCAAUACUAAUAUCUUCAUGUUCUAUGUCAAUGAUUAUGUUUGCGAAGUAUCCACUCGAUCAUUUCCUGGGUUCUGGCUGGGCACUCUUAUGCUUCAUUAUGUUUCAUCUCCUUUUCAACUGUCCAGUAUUAUAUCUACAAUUCAGAAUUUUUAGUCACACUCGUGAGAGCAUUUUCGUCCUUUUAGACAGGUAUAUGCCGGUAUUCAACAUAUUUUCAGUUACCGUUGCUACUGCUAACCUGAUUAAAGUUAUCUCAGGAGCAUACUAUUUGGCUAUCUCCCUGGCGUAUUUGUUCUUCAGUAUCUAUAAUUGUGACGGCAGAAUUUGCAUUGGCGGAACAUUUGUUUGGGGUUCAUGUGCAGACUCAUGGAGCGAGGGUGAUUGCAAGGACAACUACAAAAUGGUUUAUGCGGGCCCGAUUGCUGAAGAAAAAUUUUUUGUAAACUUUUUACUUAUGAGAAGUGAUGAUAUUCUCACUGGACCAGAAUUCCCAUCGUGGUUUAAUUAUCGUGGAUUAAUUGCAAUUCCUUAUAUAGCUGCAUAUACUCUUAUUUUUCUCAUGACUAUUGGUGGUUCAAAGGUUUUCGGUUUGCUACUCUACAUUCUAUCACCAUUGGCUGUAUGUCUACUGACUGGAGUGUUGAUCACCAUGGGUGUGAACUAUGCAGAUUCCACAAAUCAACUGACUGAAUAUACGAAUAAAUUCUAUCGUAUGUUUUUUGCUAUGAUACCAAUCAAUCCUGAUGGUGUUGACACCUAUGAAGUUCAACCAUUAGUUUGGGGAUUCCUUUCCACAUUUGUGCAUUUAUCUCAAACAAAUAAUUUGUGGAAUGGAGUAUACCCCGUUUUGGGUAAAUUAAUUGGUGGUGGAAGCAAGAUGAGACAUCUUGGUUGGAUUCCUCUAGCAAUAGGUUCAAUAUUACUCGGACAAUUGCCUGUACUAAUCAUGCUAUUCGCUGUAGCUUCAUCUUAUGAUCCACAAUAUGUUCGAUGUCAUCUAAGUGCUGAUUGGUUAGCACCAUUUGUAAUAAUGUCACAUAUUUUUUCAAAAUUUUCAAGUCCUAGAGCACUUGUCACAUCUUAUUUUCUUGGACUGGCAUUAUGCCUUUUGCUGAAUCAAGCAUUAAUCCUGUUAACUACUGUAGAACACAUAGUUGGUCAUUUAACAGUAAUUAAUGAGAAGUAUGAAGACCAUUAUAAAAGAAUUUAUCGUUGUUCAAUUGUAUUCACUAUACUACUACUUGGAUUACUUGGAUUACCUUUGAUUACACAGUCUGGAUUUUAUUGGAUCCGAUUAAUUGACUGGUUUGUUGAUCGUCUAAUGAUUAUACCAGUAAUUGGACAAGUAGCUGGUUUCUUAACUGUGUAUGCCCAGUCAAAAGGUACAAAAUUUGAAACCCCAUUGUUGAAAACCUGUGUAAUAUGCAUUUAUGCGAUACUUUUUACUUUCUCUGGAAGCAUCUACGUCUGGUAUGCAUUUACGGGCUUACAAAAACCACCGGAUUCACAGUGUCGAACAUUUAGUCGUGGACCAAUCAAUGAUCCAUUACAAGAUAAUUUCUCACUGUUGGGCUGGUUAAUUGCAUUUGGUCCAAUUAUGUUGGGAAUAGUAACUGGAUUACUUUUAGCUUUGAUACGUUUUCGUAGUCAUCAUCAGUAUACAAGAUAUUCGUACUUCCGUUACUUAUUCAAAGGUGAAUACGGUCUACAAAAGUUUACUCAAAUCACAGCACAUUCAUCAUCACAAAUGAAAUAUAAUCCACCAAAAUUCUCAAAUUAUCCUAAAAAUCUUUCAUGGACAAGAAUAAAUCACCUUGAUGAUUUUGGAUCGACAAAACUUCUCUCACCAAAUUUAAUACACCAAAGUCAUUUUGCAGUGAACAAACCACUUUAUCGAUCAGUUGGAGAUGGAUUAGGCAUUUUUAUGACAUCAAAUGAUAAUCUUUCUCAGGCAUCUUCGACAAAUAGGUUACCAGUAUACAUGGAACACAGUAGAAGGCAUAGACCUGAUAAUUAUAUACCACCACAGCACAGAAGAUCUGAAGUUAAUAUCUAUAAUAAAUCAGGUGGUAAGACAAAUGAACAUCAAUAUUACAAUUCUAGAUAUAACCGACAUCAUAAUUAUCCUAAUCGUCAUUCUGUUGGUAGACUGGAUAUUUAUGAGAGUGAAGAGUUUUUAUAAACUGAAGUCAGUGUACAUGUGUGGAGAUCUAUCUCAUCUUUGUUGGCAUUAGACUCUUACAGAAACCGAAAUUCCCCGCUUGUUCAUUUCAAGUCAAUGACGUAUCUUCUAUGGAAUGAUAUGCGAAAACUUGACUUUACAGUUAACUUUUACACAAUUUUAUACUUUGUU